AAUUGUCGAUCAUUUGAACGAGCCAGAGUUUAUAGACCCAACCCCACCAAAUGGUCAACUUUAUGAAAUUUACAGUGGAGCAGCAUUUACAGUGGAUAUUUAUGCUAAACCUACAGAUAAUAGCAGUACAACUGAGAUUGCCCAGUUCUUAAUAACAAUGCGAGACGGAAUACAUGUUGAUAAAAGUCCUGUUUCCAAUAGACCAGAUUUAGGUUCAAGAGUGCAGUCCAUCACGCUGAACUGGACCCCUAAACAAAAUGAUCUUGGAAAACAUCUUGUGUGUUCAUUUAUUGUAGAUACAUUAAGUAAUGACUCACCACUUAGAUGUUUUUCCAUCGUUGUAAAAGAUAUGCCACUGACACCAGUCAUAUCAUUGAAAGGAAAACCUUAUUUCUUACAUUUCCCUGCGGAUGAAGACAUAAUAUGCCAGGUUGAUUCUGUGUGUAAAUUCCCACUGUAUGCAUCAACAGAUAAUCCUGGAGGUAUUGCAAACAUAAUAAUCGUAAGAAAGGAGUUAUACAAAUUAAAAAGUGAAGGACAAUUACAGUUGAAAAGUAAUCCAACUAACAUGACACAGAUAGUUUGGACGAUGGAAAUAAGUUUCCAGGAUCCUAGGCAUGGAGAAAAACAGUUUUGUGCUAAAGCUAUAGACAAAUAUACUUCAAUAGAACAGUGCACAGUUAUACAUGUUAAACCUAAAGAUCCAUGUCUCUCCUCUCCUUGUCAUAACGGUGGUCAUUGUAUUGCAAAGAAAGAUGGAACAGCACAAUGUGUUUGUCAACACGGUGCUACAGGGGAGAGAUGUCAAAAUCGUCCAGAUCCUUGCUAUGACAUAGACUUUUGUAAAAAUGGUGGUCAGUGUAUACCAGGUGGUUAUUGUUACUGUCCUCCAGGAUUUACUGGAAUGAACUGUGAAAAUGUUUUCAGUAGUUGUGACCAGAAUACUUGCCCAGGACAUGGUAUGUGUAUAGAUACGCAUGGAGGAAAACAAGACCAUAAAUGUCUUUGUACAAACUUAUAUACAGAUCAACAGUGCGCAACUAAUCCAACUCCAUUUAUUGAUUGUGUUAUAACUCCAAAUGAUCCGAAAUGUGUUAGUUGUAACCUGUCGCCUAAUCCUUGCAACACUGGGAUAUGUAAAAUGCAUAAUGGCAGUCAUACAUGUAUUUGUCCAGAAGGAUUUGUCGGAAGGAAUUGCCAGACAGCAAUUGAUUUAACCAGAGCAAGUUUAAAUGUAAGUUUUUUUUAUCCAAAACAAAUGCAUUUGUCAAGUAAAAAAGGGAUACUUAUUGUGUGGCUAUCAAAGUUUGUAUCACCAACAUUAGCAGCAGGAUCAGUCAUAACAUGUGAUCCUUUAUCUGGUAUAACUAAAUUAGGUGUCACUGCUAACUGUGAAUUUCAAGUACAUGUGUUUUGGAAUGGUGAUCACCUCAGUCAGAAACCUGUUGUAAAAGGAACAUCCAGUUCUAAGGAUAUGAAAAUAGACAGACAUUCUGAAGUAUUACUGAAAAUGCUGCAUACAACAAAUACUGCUGGAUUUAACAAGACACUGACAACUAUUGUUCUACUAGUUAAUCCAGACAACCAGCAGUUUCAAAUAGGCAUGCAUGUUGUUUGUUUUUUUGUUAUACAAGGAACAGUCCAAACAGACUAUAGAUGCUUCAGCAUAUAUGUAGAAUUUAAUGUGCUAAAGUUACACAGGAGAUUAACUAAGGUAAGAUAUUAA